CCCACUAUGGACAUCAGUAUUUCCGUGUAUGUGAUCACACUUUAUGGAUGUCUAGCAACCGCAGGCUUGUGUGUUGUCCUGCAGUCUGCCUACCAUCGCUGGGUCAAGCCUAGGAUCACAUUUUCAAUUGCACUUGUUCAGAAUACCUUUAUUUUCAAAAGUUAUGUUUGGGUUCGAUUGACUUUCCUGCAAAUAUGCAUUAUCAUUCCCUAUCUCAUGGCCAACGGAAUCGCACUGGGCUUCAAGACCAGGGACUUGGUCACACUGGAGACGAGAAGUUCAACAAUCGCUUUAUUCAACCUCGUUCUGUUGUCUUUCUCUGGACAUGCUCAUCAGAUUGCAGAAAUGGCUGGUCUCUCUCUCGCAAUGUAUCGCUUCCUUCAUCGUUGGGUUGGUCGAGUGAUGAUUGUCGAGGCUCUUCUGCAUAUGGUCCUCAUUAUCAUUCACCGACAAGUGGUUGACGAUCUUUUCAAGUCAGGAUGUAUAGCUGCAGGUGGCCUCCUAGCCAUCUUGUUAUCAUCCCUAUGGUUUCCUCGCCAAUUGCGAAACCUUUUUGAUAAGUUGCAUUCCGCUUUUUAUGUGACCACAAUGACCGGGUUAUUGUGGCAUGUGGGAUUUCCGAAGUCUACUGUUGCAAGUAUAACUGUGGGUGUGUCUGGUGGCUUAUGGCUGAUCAUGCAUCUGCGCCAACUGAUAACGUUGGCUGUCUGUUAUUAUAGUGGUGGCUUGGCCAAGACCAUAGACACCGUAUGGAUGGACGAGGCUGUGACGCGAAUCCAGCUUACGGGCCAAGCCGUCCGCGUAUUUCCUGGUUGUUACUUUUAUGUUUAUUUUCGAGGCCCGCUGCCUUUGAGAAACUUCCUACACGGCUAUCGCAUGAUGCCUAUGCCCGAUGCUAAGGAGGCCAUAUCUGGAAAAGUAAGCACUAUGGAUUUCUUGAUCUCACAUACAGGUCAACAUGGCCGAUCUAUUAUGGGCGUACGAAAGGGACAGGAUCUCCUCCUAAUUGGCCCGUAUGGAAAAGACCUGCAGCUUCACCGCUUUGAGACAGUCAUCCUUACUGCGCGCGGUAUAGGCAUACUUGGAGUCUUGCCAUUUGCGUUACAGCUUGCUGGAAGAAAACAGCAAGAUAGCGUGGUACGUGACAAGGAGUCCCGUCUCCGUGACUCAGACGACGCUGUGUUUCGUGACGUUACUCGAAAGGUUGAUCUUAUCUGGUGGCUGGAUCACAAUGAACAAGAAAACUGGGUGGCAGAUCAGCUCAGGGAACUACAGGCGUCCGACCAGGAUAAUAAACUCCUCGUUGUUUGGUGUGUUUAUCCAGCUCCGCGAAGAGAGCCGCCACCGUUCAAACCUAAUGACCACUGGCAAAUGCUGUACAAUUUCGAUAAGAUAUCACUUUCACGGGAAAUCAGGCAAGAGGCUAGGUACCCUGGAAGAAUGAUAGUGUCAGCUUGUGGCGACCAGGACUUUGUAGACGGCGUCCGUAGCGCUACAAUGGACAACAUCUCGCCAGGCCGAGUAAUCACAUUCGAGCAGCUCGAUUACCGUCCUCGGCGGUCCGCCAAAACCUUCCCCUCUGAUUCGGUGGCACAAGUAUGACUCAGUUAGGGAGAGCCUACUGCGAAACGCGCUGGUGCGUACGGGAAGCGAAGGCGGAAGGAUUUUAGAUUGGCAUGUCCUAUAAUGUUGAAAUUGCAUUCGUUAUAGUUCUAGUGUGUGGAGUUGCGAAGUACAAAAGAUAUGGGCCCUUCUGGAGUACAAUGUACCGUCACAUGAUCUCGCUGGAGAGAUCUAUAUUAGUACAGACAUUCAUCGCUACCUGCCGAUUUGUAGGCACAUACAAGUAUUAUAUUACCCAG